UAAUCAACAUACUAUACAUAUUUUUUUCAAAGAAACAGAGGACCUGAAAAGAUAUAUAGAGAGUUUGGUUUUGGUUGAGCAACGGCAAUGGCAAUGGCAAUGGCGAGUGGCGUAGAGGAAGUGAGGAACAAGCAGGUGGUACUCAAGAACUAUGUCUCUGAAAAAGCCGAAGAGUCCGACAUGCACGUGACAGUUAGUACCUUGAAGCUCAAGGUUCCACAGGACUCCAAGGCAGUUGUGGUCAAGAACCUUUACUUGUCGUGCGACGCUUAUUUGAGGAUUCGAAUGGAUAGAACUCAACCUCCUAAUAGUGUCUUCACUUCACUCACUCCUGGCUCUCCAUUAAAUGGGUUUGGAGUGGCUAAAAUUUUGGAGUCGGGGCACCCGGAGUUCAAGGAAGGUGACUUGGUUUGGGGGACGACUGGAUGGGAAGAUUACAGCAUCAUCACAGAACCAGAACAGCUCUUUAAAAUCCACCACACUGAUGUUCCCCUUUCCAACUAUACUGGACUUCUUGGUAUGCCGGGUAUAACUGCCUUCGUCGGUUUUCAUGAAAUCUGUUCGCUGAAGAAAGGAGAUUAUGUCUUCAUUUCAGCCGCAGCUGGUGCAGUUGGUCAGCUUGUUGGGCAGUUUGCAAAGCUAAUGGGAUGCUAUGUUGUUGGAAGUGUUGGAAGCAAAGAGAAGGUCGAUCUACUAAAGAACAAGCUUGGAUUUGAUGAGGCUUUCAAUUAUAGGGAAGAGCCUGACCUGGAGGCAGCUUUGAAAAGGUACUUCCCUGAAGGCAUUGACAUUUACUUUGAGAACGUUGGAGGAAAAAUGCUGGAUGCUGUGCUCCUUAACAUGAGACGUCAUGGCCGAAUUGCGGUAUGCGGAUUGAUCUCAUAUUACAGUCUCAAACAGCCGCAAGACUUUAGCAACCUCGUCUCUAUCAUCUACAAUCGGAUUCGCAUCGAAGGCUUCGUCGUGUUUGAUUAUUUCCACCUCUACCCCAAGUUUCUGGACAUGGUGAUCCCCUACAUCAGAGAAGGGAAAAUAGUGUAUCUGGAAGACAUAGCUGAAGGCCUUGAGAAUGCUCCUGCAGCUCUUGUGGGACUUUUUAGUGGCAGAAAUGUUGGAAAUCAAGUAGUUUUGGUUGCCUAUGAGUGAUUUAGCCUAAACUUAUGUGUACAUAUAUAUACACACACACAUAAAGGAAGCCUUUAAGGCCUUGAGAGUGCUCCUGCAGCUCUUGUGGGACUUUUUAGUGGCAGAAAUGUUGGAAAUCAAGUAGUUUUGGUUGCCUA